UUAAAAGUUCGGCGGUUAGCUGCUAUAUUGGAUUCUGAUGCUUACUUGAAGUUAGAGGAAAACGUUCGUAAAAUAAACAUAAUAAUCAUUUUAAGAGUCAUAAAAUAUAUUUUAAAUUUGCGGAGUCAACAGAAUAUCGAUUUUAGAAAUGAAUCAAGCAGUUAUUGACUGUAUUACCCCUGGACUCGCUAUUAAAAUUAGCCGGAGUGACGGAAGGGUGCAUAGCGCUACCAUUAAAGACAUUAACCACAAGAAGGGCACCGUCACUGUCGAGUGGGAAGAAAAUUCUGCAACCAAAGGCAAAGAGGUUGAUUUUGGUGAAUUGUGGACUUUAAACCAGGGCUUGUUUGAAUACCUGAAACCCACCACCCAACCCAGGACUCUUCCUUUACAAGAAAAUGUCGCAAUACCAGAUUUUUGCCCUCUGGGACCAGCAUUGGAGACCCCUGGGAAACUGGAACGCAGGACUCGCCUGUCAAAGAUUCCGGCUCCUCCAGAAACCAUUGUUGAUGCUCGUCAAGCUGAACUACCAGAUAAGGGGACACGAAGUUCGAAUGUGCGACGAAGCGUUGUGAUUAAAUCUACACCUCAGUCUCUGCUUGCUGAUGCAGAGGAAGAAUUUUCAAGUUCAGAAGUGGCAAAAACAUCUCUCUUUAAUUGUUCUGGACCCAGCACAAGGAGAAAAACUCUUAUGUCAAAAGCAUCAUUACUGCCACAAGUCAAUGAAGUUGGUGUGGAAGCAGAGUUACCACAUUUUCCAAAGAAUUAUGGGUCUACCAAUCCAGCCAAGCGGAAGUCAGCUGUUGUCCUUGAAGUAGAAAAAAUGAAGAAUAAAAGAGAAGCAAACCAAGCCAAAAAUGUGCAAACCCGUGCAAGGCAAGGAAAGGAUAGUGAAAUGAGCAAGGCCAAGUGGGAGUUCUUGAAAAUGAUCCGGGAGUAUCGAGAAACUUUACAAUGCAAACCUAUCUCGUUGUCAGACCCGAUUGAAGAUCACAGAAUUUGUGUUUGUGUCCGGAAACGCCCACUGAACAAACAAGAGCUGGCAAAAAAGGAAAUAGAUGUGGUUUCUGUCCCUGGGAAAGGAAUGCUGCUUCUGCACGAACCAAAACAAAAAGUGGAUCUCACAAAGUACUUGGAGAACCAGAUCUUCAGAUUUGAUUAUUCUUUUGAUGAAUCAGCAACAAAUGACAUUGUGUACAGGUUUACAGCCAAACCACUUGUUCAAACUGUUUUUGAAGGUGGAAUGGCAACCUGCUUUGCAUAUGGCCAGACAGGAAGUGGGAAAACACAUACGAUGGGUGGUGAUUUCUCGGGGAAAAGUCAAAACUGCUCAAAAGGAAUUUAUGCACUAGCAGCUCAAGAUGUUUUUUCACUUCUCAGCCAGCGAAAAUAUUCUAUCCUCGGCCUGGAACCAUAUGUUACCUUUUUUGAGAUAUACAAUGGCAAGGUGUUUGAUUUACUAAAUAAGAAAGCAAAACUGCGCGUCUUGGAAGACAGCAAGCAGCAAGUCCACGUAGUUGGACUUCAAGAAAUGUAUGUCACAUCAGCCGAAGAUGUCAUCAAAAUGAUCGAUAUUGGCAGUGCGUGCAGGACAUCAGGACAGACUUUUGCCAAUUCGAACUCGUCUCGUUCUCAUGCAGUCUUGCAGAUUAUCUUGCGUAAGGGGGAGAAGCUACAUGGCAAGUUCUCAUUGGUUGAUUUGGCAGGGAAUGAGCGUGGUUCCGAUGUUAGCAGCGCUGAACGACAAACUUUAGUGGAAACUGCGGAGAUUAACAGAAGCCUCUUGGCUUUGAAGGAAUGUAUUCGAGCUCUUGGACAGAACCAGGCUCAUACACCGUUCAGAAUGAGUAAGCUGACGCAGGUUCUAAGAGAUUCCUUCAUAGGGGAGAACUCCAGGACUUGUAUGAUUGCCAUGAUUUCACCUGGGAUGGCCUCUUGUGAUUACACUCUGAACACUCUCCGAUAUGCAGACAGAGUAAAGGAGCUGAAUGGAACACCUAAUGGAAAUCAGUCCGGCACCGACAGGGAUGAAAUGGAAGUUGAUGAGUCCAGCAGCUUAGAUGAAGAUACAGCUUUACCACAUCUAAUGUCUGACAUUUAUGAAGCUAUGUCUCGCGUCUCAGAAAUGGAAGAGAAGGUUAUGGAGGAACUCCAAGAAAUAGUAAAUCACGGGGUUUGUGCCAUGAAGGCAGCAGAUGAACCAUCUUGUGACUUACUGAGUGUUGUGGCGCAAAUUAAGGCAUUUUUGAAAGGUUGCAGUUCACUACAAGAUAAUGUGAAAGUUCUAGAAUCUGCCAUAGAAAAUGAACAAGAGGCUAGGGCAAAACUUAAUGGAUGCCGCUGAAACUUGAAUACACUACUGCAAAUUUGUUUGACUUUCUGUGUGCUCUGUUUCAAUACCUUGUACAUAAUUUGAAUUGGUAAUUGAGUGGAGAGCCCUUAUUCUUUCUUGUGUCCUUUAAUUUUUUGUGUAAUUUUUAUAAAAACAUCAAAUUGUUUUUCAUUCAUCACUUGUAUGUUCUAAAUGUACAUACCUCUUGACUGCUGGAUGGAUGACGACUUCUAAAUUGUUUGCUUUAAUAUUAGAAAAGUUUAUGCUUUUCAGAAUUCUAAAAUUUAAUUGUGACAACCUAUGCUAAACAUUUCUUGAGUGUGAGAAUGUGCAAGAGCACACCAAGCCACGUUCUUGCUUUUUAUAGUGCACAUGCAAUUUGUAGAUGUUCUGUAAGCUCAAGGUUACAUUUAACAUUGUACAUUUUGUAAUAAAUUUUUGCAAAAUAUU